AUGUCAGCUAAUUUGGACAGGUCCCUAGACGAGAUCAUUGGUACCAACAAGAAACAAAUUGUCAGAAAGACCAACAAGAAGGCACCAAAGAAGGUUUCUAAGCAAAUUGUUGGAAACCGUCGUGGUGGCCCUGUUUCUGCCGUCAGACAAAGGGCAGCGCCUGUGAAGGCAGCCAACGCGUUGGAACAGGCUUAUGGUACCAAGGUGAGCGUAGAGGGUUUGCCAAGAGACAUCAAGCAGGAUGCCGUCAGAGAAUUUUUUACCUCCCAAGUUGGCGGUGUUGCUAGAAUUCUUUUGAGCUACAACGAAAGAGGUUUGUCCACAGGUAUGGCUACAAUCACUUUCAAGAAUGCUGAAAAGGCUAGAGAGGCCGUUAAGAAAUUUCACGGUGCUCCAAUCGAUGGCGGCAGAUCAAAAUUGAGACUAAGCUUAAUAGUUGAUCCAUCUAAGAAACCGCUAGCCUCUAGAAUUCAAGCUAUAGCUGAACGUAAACCUGUUCCUGCGAGGGGACCAAACAAGAAGGUCGCGGCUGUUAAGCAACAAAAGAAAGAAGGUAAGAAGCCAAAGCCAAAGCCAAGUCCAAAGGCUAAGCCAGAGAAGAAGAGUCUUGAGCAACUAGAUCAAGAAAUGGCUGACUAUUUCGAGGAAAAAAAGAUUAGAUCGAUUGUUCAAGAACAUCAAAAAACACAUGGUUUGGUGAACAAAAAGUUGUAA